AAGUUGGCACCGAAAUCCUUCGCACUGCCCCGACGCUUCUUUGAUUGGAGUUUCCUUCCCACCUCGUACACACACACACACACACAUGCCAACAGCGAAAAAGUACAAGCUCUUUGCGGCGGACGGGGCGGACGGCGGGGUGCCUCCGUGUGCCUUUUUCGCGUCGCCGGCGGGUUGUCGCAACGGAGCAUCGUGCAAGUUUGCGCACGUACGGCCCACGGAAGCCGCGGUCGAAACGGGUUCCGUCGUCAGUUCCGAAAGUGACGACGAACCAAUGCCCUCGCCCUCGGUACCGAUCCCCACCACCAACAACAAGCAAAAGUCAGCCAAAACCAAAGCCAAAACAACCCAGCAAGCGUCGCCCCAACCACAAACCAAACAGGCCAAAAAGGUCCAGAUCCAGAUGGAUACCGCCCCAACCGACGAUUCCCCCUUCCGGCAAAGUCCGCCCAAACCCAAAAAAAAUCGUCGCUCCCAGAAAGAAGAGGACCUCGGUCCGUUCGCCAAUCCCAAGAAAAAGGUCAAAUCGGACGAAUCGCCGGGAGGCCACAAAACCGCUGCCCAAGAACCGACGCCCCCACCCACCACCAAUUCCCCAAAGCCGAAGCAGCAGCCCGCCAAAACGGCGGUUGCUGGCUUUGACAUUCGGGCUUUGAACUUGCCCGUCGCCUCCUUUACCAUGCCUGGAACCGCACCGGCUCCAACCGCACCCCCUCAACCCCCCGCUCCCGUCGCCGAUGCGGUAUCCAACGUCCAGGAGAUUCUCCCGACGCACACCACUACGGGCGCCAAAUGGAUGAAGGCCAUUCAACAGGCCCGCCAGCAUCACAAGUACGCGACCGCGUACGAUUUCGUAAAAUACAAGGCUUUGGAUGCCGAGAUUGGAUUGGAUCCCAGCAGCACUUGGAUUCAAGCGAAACCGUACGGCGAGUGGUGCAAAGGAUUUCCCCAAGCUAUUGCUAUUGAUUGUGAAAUGUGCGAAACGGAAGACCCGGUUUCCGGCAAACAUAACGCCAAGGAUUUAUGUCGUGUCUCCAUCGUCAAUGCAGAAAACGACGAAGUUCUGCUGGACAGUCUGGUGAAGCCAUCCUGGCCGGUGGUUGACUACCGCUCCCGUAUUAACGGCAUUACUGAAGAGCACUUGAAAGGCGUGCAAUUUACUCUGCGUCACACCCAGGCAUUUCUGAUGGCUCUUUGUAGUCAGGAAACGGUCAUUCUUGGACACGCCCUGCACAACGAUCUAGCCGCGAUGCGCAUGGAGCACUAUUGCAACGCUGAUUCGGCCAAUUUAUUUUCCGCAUCCGACAGCGAACGAUCCAGCGUCAGCCUGAAAGACUUGGCUUCCAACGUUCUGAAAAAGACCAUGCCCGACAAGCACGACUCGGUGAACGACGCUAGAACCGCAUGGAAAGUCUUGGAACACUGGGUCGAAAAGGACGGCCAAGUCGAACCCAUUGUCCGCUCUAUGUCCGUGAAGCAGACCUUUGCCUCCCAGCUUUUCAUUCACCGUAUUCCGAAAAAUAUGUGCGAAGAGUCCCACUUGUCGCGUAUGUUCUUGGCUCAUACGAGUAUUGCGCCGACGGAAGUGGAAGAGAUUGAGUUUGCGGGUGAAAUGGGCAAAACCCACGUCGUUUUCAAGUCCCCGCAACACGCCAACUUGGCGUUCGAUACGCUCGAUAGCAAAACCGAUACAGAUCCGUCGGGACGCCUCCAGAAGAAAGUUUUUCUCCGAAAUGGCGGCUACAUUCGCGUCCGCAAAAUGGCCUUUGAGAAACCCCGAGACAAGAGUCCGCCCCGUCGUGCUUUGACGACGUCGGACUAA